GAUGCCCGUUACCCGAUCGUGCUUGUGAUUCACGGUGAGGGUUGGGAGUGGGGGAGUGGCAACGAAUUUGAUGGGGCCGCCCUCGCCAGCCUCGGAAAUCAUAUCGUCGUCACCUUCAAUUACAGGUUGGGACCUUUAGCGUCUGGGAACCAUGGAGGGUGACAUUGUGCCUUACGUGAUGGGACUCCCGGUGACGAACAAUAUACCCGCGCAGGGCCUCAACCAGCAUGUUUCGCCCUUCGCCGCCCUCGCAAACUUCUCCAAGCAGGAUGCCUUCGUGGCAGAAAUGUUUCUUCAUUAUGUCGCCAACUUUGUAAAAAGUGGGCGCAUUGAUUCGAACGAGGUUGAAGUGGAAAUUCGUGGCGGUGGUGGCGAAUCGGUCGUCCCGCUCUCCUCCUCCCCUGGAAUGACCGGCACGACCGAGUACGACUUCACCACCGCGCUCACCGUCACCAUCACCGUCGGCGUCGCUCUCAUCGCGCUCAAUUUGGUGGUAUUCUCGGCCAUCAUGUGUCACCGGAAGAGGGCCAUCCCCACCAACAACGAGGGCGACAGGGGAAGCCGUGAUAGUGACGAGGUCGACGAGAGUGGGAGGAGUUCGGGGGGUGGGACACCUCAAAAAGGAGGAGUCGCCCAGUAUCAGCAAGCUCAGGAAGAUUACAAGUGGUCCACGGCCUGUUGUUCAUCCUCGAACCACCAGCAGAACCACCCUCACCCGCAGCAGGAACUUCACCCUAAUGACUUUCCAACCACUCAUUUAUCAUCCUCCUCGGUCUACAUGCCCGCCGAAUCCAUCUCAAUGUCCCAGUACCACCAGCAGCACCAGCACCACUUUCACCCGGGUAACAGUGGUGGCGGGACGUUGCCUCGGUCAUCGCACGGUCAUCAGGGUCACCACCUCGCCUACGAGACCCACACGGGUGGGGGGACGCUAAAACGGGGAACAUACCAUCACAAUGGGAACCACAUUUUGGCGAUUCCCGACUGCGUUUAGCCCGUCUCAAACGCCGUAAUUUUCGGAGAUGGCGACGACAAAGUAAGGGGCGGAUUCGACCAUAAUUUAUCCGGAGGAGAGUCAAGUAUGAAAUUGUAUAUGAAUCAAGACGCCGUCGUGGUGGCUGAUAGCAUGCUGGACAUCUCGCCCCCACCGGAAGGACCAGUCCCGCUACCGCCAAACAUUCAGCGGGAUCUGGCGGGAAUAGUUUGUUGGCGGAAUGAGGAGGAAUUUUAUCAUCUCAGAAACCUCAAAAUCCCAUUACGCCUUGUUCCUUGAGCCCCUCGGCGUCCGCGACGAAUACGAACACGACGAAUUCCACGUCCUCAAACCCAUCCCCGAACAGCGGGAGUACAAUUUGGUCGGUGUUCUGAAAAGGAACAUGACGCCAAUGUGAACAUGACGUUAAAACGAGGGUCCAGAUUCAGGAGAUAUCAUUCUGACUGCUCUGACUCUCUAUCUGUACUUUUAUAGCCUGAACUAAGUUCUAAAUAACCGACGAUAAGUACAAAUAUACAUAUUGUGAUAUCACCUAAAUGCCUCGCUUCCCAACUAAUUUUAUUUACAAAACUGUUACAUACAUUUAGUCUUUGCAUGAUUAAACUCGAU